UUUUUCCAAUCACUAUUCCACGUAAUCCUAGAUUUCAAUCACAAUCAUCAGGCUAUCAAUAUCUUAGCUCUUUGGUUUCACAAUUUCCUCUAGUUGUUUCAGAUAACCAGGUGGUCUUUAUUUAUUUUCUUCCGUGUAUAAUACUUUACAACUCGAUAGAUAAAGAUAUACGAUUGAAUAGAUAGAUCUUUAAACACCCUAGAUAUAAUAUGAUUGCGCGAUCUAUCGAAAAAUAUCAAAGUCAAAGCGAACGUAAUAUUUCGAUUGUGGACCACCGCAUUCGACCUUUGAUUGUUGUGGAAAAUCUGUAUGUGUAUGAUAGAAAGUGAAAGAUUCCACUAACGACCACACAAGGACUCGACAGGAAAAGAUCCGAAAGCGAGCGCGCGGUGCGGCCGCAACUCAGACGAGCUAGAACCAGGUUGUGCGCUGCGAUAGAGGCAUAAAGACUACAACAUCCAUUGCUUCUGCGUCACCUGCACCACUUAUAGACCAGCACGUUCUACUGUAGGAUCGCCUGGGACGAUAGCGGCGGUGAUGUGAACCGGGCUGAAGCCUGCCAACUUGAUCAAUUUCGUCCUAGCACUCAGCAUCACGGAGGCGGAGCAGGGAUAGGGAGACGGAGCAGUAAGGAAGUAUGUCAGAGCAACUCUGUAGCCACGGCCAAGGGGAAGGGCAGAUGACGGGCCAAACAGGCCUGAUGGAAUGUGAGAUAAAGGACGAUACAAGUCCCUUACUUGGCGACGAAGCACAGCCGGGGCAACGUGACAUGGAAUGCGACGGAAUCAAUAAUGCACAUGAAGAUGAAAGCAAUAUUGAUGAUAAGGAUAUUAAUGCCCCCGUAGGUGGAGUUGCCCAAGAUGCUGUUGCAAACGUGCCAAGCGGUGCGGCAACAGCUGUUGUAGUCGAUGAUUUUCAUGAUGAAGGUCAGGAGGGCGCCGCCGCCGCGUGCCACCAGGACCAGGACGAGCUCCCCGAACGCGCUCCGCGGUCGCAUGCAGCGGCGUAUUCUCCCACCGUAACUGCCGGAUCGCGGAGAAAAAUGGAAUGUAGCCAGGCACCAGGUUCUAGUACUUUACUCGAAGCCGAAAGUGAGAAAGGGAAUGAGAAAGGCACCCCCGGCGUCAGGGCGGUCCCCGAGGAUGCAGAUGCCGCACAGCGGCAACAACGGGAGAAAAAAAGAAACAGCAAAUCUGCAGCAUCAACUUCUGGCAAAGAAAAAGAGCUAGAGGCCUCCUGCUCGUUCGCACAGGGCUCCGAAGAUGAACUGGGUGACGACCAACCAAGGAACGAAAAGGCGUGCGGCGCGUGCGCGGUGUUCUGGAUAGUCUUGGCUGGGAUGGCGGUGCUGGCUGGAAUUGCUCUCGCUGUGUGUUUCUGUACCGGCCUUCUGUUAUCAUGGAUGACAACUACUCUUCCUGAUCGCACUACACUAAACAUUCUAAAUCUAGAAUACCCACCUUCGUUCGCGUUUGAGUUUGUAUGUCAGCAGUUGUAACACGGAGGUGAAUAGCUGCUACAACCGGCAGCACAACCCUCAGCAGCGAUGACAAUGUAUGAGUGCACGUGCAUCAUCAAUCUCUCCUCCAUACUGCGAUCAAUAAGGCUCAAGCCGAACGCAGACGAUAAUUAUUGCGCUCUUAGUGUAUUUUAUGGCUCUUUUGAUAUGUUGGCCGUAGUAUGCAUCAAUAUUUCUGGCCGCAUUCUUGGCAUCGCUUUGUAUCCUUCGGCAACUGGUGGAACACGCAAGCAGCUCUAUAAUCUUUAAUGAAUCAAUACAAGGAGUAAAAUACGAGCUUACAAUGAUCCUCUUCCUGUUUCUUGGCAAAUACGAGUAAAGGUAUUCUUGGAAGAACUAGUGCGAUCGGGAGUAGAUGCUUUCAAAUACGAUAGUCGAACACAGGCGAGGACCAGAGGCAACUUUUCAACGAAGGUGGCGACUCGUAUUUGGGAGGCAAGUUUCCCGCCCUUGACCCCGAAGGCCAGAAGCGUCGCCCGCCGGUGGUUUCCAAUGAAGAAGCGGUGCAGUGGCCUCUUGUGGUUAUGUCACGUGACCGAAAACACGCUACUGCGUCGGAGUGGCGCCAGGGGUUUGGUCUGCAGCUGAAUGUCGGCAGCAGUAGUACUGGAAGCUUGGCGAAUGCUGCCCCUGCGCUAAAAAACCACACUUUUUUGCUCGAUACCGGCGGGGGCGCCAACAGCUACUUCCUGCUAAAACCUACGGACGACCGACCAGCCUUCGAGAGUGGGUCUCGCGAGCUUUUGCCCGUACCUGAAACCCACCAUGCGCGUGUACACAGGAGCAGAGACGCGCAGAUCCAGAACGACCCACAGGAACCAGCCGAGGGGCCGCUGGUGACCUGCAAGUACGGAGACGGCGAAGUGGAGGGACGGGCGCUGCGUGAUACCGUCAGCAUUUUGGACAAGCUCCGGCUUCCCCCGCCGGAGCAUCCGGUUUGGACCCAAAACAAGCACCGGUACACUAAUGUGGCGGCGCCGACUUCGCCCAUCGCUGGAUUGUCGCCAGCGCAGGACGGCGGCCAUGAUGCCGGUACUGCGGGAGGCGAUUUUGUGAUUCGGCUCGGUAGGCAGUACGAUCGCAGGCACUUCGCAGACCAGCCCGGCAAGUUACCGCUGAUGUACACGCAGAAGUGGAAAACCCCGGGAAAUCUGGGACUAGGGUUUGCCAUGGACCGCGCACAGGCCGAGUGGUUCGACCGGCUGCCUAGCCUGCUCGACUACUUUUACCUUCACCACCUUGCUGUCACCUGGGAAGCACAGCAGGCCCAGAAGUCGAAGGAGCGCGCGAUAGUGUUUUCGCUGCAGUAGGCCGCACAAAAAACCACCGUCAACCCCUUCAUCUCCGUGUCCAUCCUCUGGGGGAUGAUUUUAUGUAGUUUUUUACAUAUAAUAUAUGUAACUGAUAAAAUAAAAUAUAGUAUGCAUAUUUUGCUGCAGCUGGUCGUCGUUGUUGUAAUUUGUUGCUCAAAAAAUUGAUGCUCGAAAAUUGCUAAAAAUCCACUCCUUACGAUUUUUCGCUUCUUUCGGGCGGCACGUUCUCACGACAGAUUGAGGGGGGUGAUGUUAAUUUUACGUAGGAUAUGAAGCUUACGGACGUGAACGGGCGCUGGUUGCAGGAGGAAAAUCUUAACGAAGAUCGGGAUGACACAGCGGCCAGUGACGAGAACAACCAAAACCGGGAGCAGCGAGGUGGAGAGGAGCUGGCACAAGAAAUUGUGCAUGAGCAAGAAGAACAGGGAGAUGGAGUUAUGACGGGUCUCGACCACAACUCCGGUUCUUCAUCCGUCGUCGACGGAGAUGGACACCUGCCGCCUGAAGGCACGCAGAGAAUCUCAAAAAAUCGUGCCGCAGUGCAGCACCUUCCCCCGGCACAACAGCAACGGGAACAACAGCACGCACAACAAGAGGAAGAACGGUUGCGGCUGGUGCUGGGUGCAUCGCCUGCAUUCGAGACGUUGCGGCGCGUGCCGCUCCUGCAGGAGGUGCAAGUCAACGCGGUCGGGAGGCUGCCGCUCCGAACGGUUGUGCUCGAGGCGCUUGAGCAAAUCGAAGCGGUGCAGAAAGUGGUGAAGUACGUCGUACUCAUGGACGAGUAUGACAGAGGACUGCAGUGGGUGGAGUCUCGAAACGACCGCGCACCCGGCAGUGCCGCGCCGGCGUGGCUCGCAGAUCUUCUGCGCGUGCAGUUGAAGGACCGACUCACGCCCGCGGUUCGCAGUCUGGUGUCCCGUUUUGAGCGUCUGGGAGACUCCGCUGCGGAUAUCUACAACGAAACCUUCAUCCCGACCAACGCGAGGCUGCAGCAGCGCACUCUGCUAGAGAGGCAGGAGCAGCUGCGGGAGGUGUUGCGAAUGGUGGUCGAAGUUUUGGCGCGCCACGACGAAGACGACCCCUUGACGCCGAGCGUAUCCCGCGACUCGCCCUCAGGCGCGAGCGCUGCGCUCGCUGACAAACUCCGCAUCCGCCCGAUCGCCCCGUUACCAGACAACUGGCCGACGACGAACGCGGACAUGCCGUGGAGACGACUGCCGGGAGUGUAUCCGAUGCGCUACCACCAGCCGCACCCGCCGCCCGUCUUUCCGCACCUCGGGUUUCCCGCGGCGCGCGUGCAAAACGCCGUGGACCUGGAUUCGCAUCACUGGACGCUGCCGGCGCUCCGCAUCAAGAUUGGCGAUCACAUCUUUGACCCGAACGACCUCGAGGCUGCGUACGCUGCUGAAAUGCGCCCGGCGUUUCUGAACCCCGUGCUGCAAUGGAGCGGCGGAGAAGAGUUUUUUCAUCGGACGCGAAAUCCGAGCGGAGGACAGCCAGACCAUCCGGGCAGCACAAAUGUCGAGGAGCCGCCGAAGGAAAGCAUGACGGCCUGGUACUCAACCAAGGACAAAGUCAUUCAGAACCUUCGCGAGGCGGAUGGAGGGGGGCGGGCUGCAAAAAAGGCUUACAAGUGCGUGCUUGACACGGGUUGGACGAUGCUGUCGCUCGCGCCACCGCUUUUCCGGGCCUUUGAGGACCAUUUCACGUCGGACGUUAUCGCAAGCGGCCGCGCCAACAAAAACCAGGCCAAGGCCCUCUUGCAACAAGAAAACGCUACAGUGCAGCAGGUGGAUCAGCUGCGUCGGCCUCCUACAACCAACUUGACCCCGAAAGUGGAUGGUGGGGAAGUAGUAGAGGUUGUACCCCACGACCAGAGUGAAGAUGGUCCUGCAGGAGCAGAAGAACCUGCUUCGUCUACUGUGGUUUACUCGGUCUAUCGGGAGUUGAUGAAGAACAGUUUAGUUCCCCAGCAGGGCAGCAAAGAUCCCGCUGCGGAAAGUAUGUUGAAUGGAACAGUGCCAGUGCCGCAAGAGCGAGCACACCAUGUUAAUGUAGAACUACGUGGCCGCACUCGCACUCGCACUCCACCUCAAAUGUUUUUGCAACAAGCUGGCACCCGCGGAGAAAAUAACAACAUAAAACCGGAGCGAAAGCCAUGCAGCGAGGGCCCUGAAAUCAGUAUCGAGUUUCCCGUCGAGAGUGCUGCGCCGGUAGCUUCUCGGAGUGCAGGUGGCGCGGCAGCGGUCGGGGCAACGACCAGCAAGGCGCUCGAGACCUCGUGGUACACGUUGCGACCACGGGAUUACUGCUACUGUGAGGGCAUCUAUGAUAGUGAGUAACUCCCUCUCUCUUUGAUUCUUGUUGACAUGCAAGGUGCUGCAGCAGCAAGUUUGAAGUGAAAGUGUUGUGUAGUGAAAGCGAGGAGUGCUGGAAAUAAUACAAUGGCGAACCUGUCGUGGUCGUCCCUGUGCUACCAUGUGGUAAUAUGCCGUUAGGCAAAUGGGUAUUUGCACACAAGGUUCGUGAGAAGUCCCGCUGUUGAACAGCACAGCACUGACUACUGAUUUGUCCUCGUCAUGCAGAUGCUCGCAUAAGUUGUACCGCACUAAUGCCUUAUAUAUACUAUAGUUUCAGAAAUAGUUUGCCGUGUUGGUGUUGCAUGUCUUAAUAUACGGGGCAGGGGGAGUUUUCCACCGGUAUAGCAUCAAUGUGAGCACCGCAAGUGGGAAGGUCAAAGCUUUGCACCACUGUCUUGAGGAGUACAGUACGCCGGACCACCGUGGCGGCCAGGCUGCGAGGAAUGCUAAUCGGGGAAGCACCGCUAUAAUGCUAGGAAUUCCCUUCCACCGCUCGUUCUAUGUGGGUUACCAGUUUGCAGACAAAAAAGGAAUCCUGCUACCCAACAUGCAGUGACAGAUCAGCCGCAGCAGGUCAGGGACAUGCGCCCUAAAGAGGAUGAGAGACUGCUGCUCGCCGGUUUCUAGCAGAUAAACUCGGGCACGAGACAAGGAUCUACCUUCAGGCAUCUUCAAAAAAGCAAAGCGACCUUGUUGUAGGAUGGACUGCUAAUCAGGCUGUUCCUGUUCGAGCGUCAUAAGAAAACAAAUUCAGCACGCUUAUUCAUGCAGUUGGAGGUGCAGCUAAGUAGCAUAAGCAAGAAGCCAUUGCUCCUUGUUUGUUAUCGUAUCUUCAGAUUCCUUGAGCAGCAUUCAUGGUGGAGAAGAUGACAGACUCAUUGAGCAUCAUGCUACAUGUUGAUCUUGAUCUCCGUAAAACUGUAGUUUCUAUUGUAUGAUUUAGAUUUUUUCGUUCAAUUUCAAGUCCUUUGGCUAGGCUACUUGGAAUUCGUAUUGCUUUUAGUAUCACACAGACACGCUCAUCACCUACAACAACGACGAAACGGUAUCGUACUUUAUUUCAACACGUAUAUUUUUAUUUCCAAUGGCGUUUUUCUUUUUGACGUCGAUUUUCACUAAUUCAUUUCCAUAGAAGAGGAGAUUAUUGUCCGGGCACACAUGAAGGUGAAUCGAAAUGAAGAAGAAACAGUUUGUAAAGAGUAAUCAUUGUCUUUGUCAUGGACGUCUUUGUCCUUAGUGCCGUGGUUGCUGCUGGUGGAAGGUAUAAAAAUACGUAUUUGCUCCAUGCACAACUGCUGUGUGGAAAUGCUUGGGCCUGACCUGAUUUCCUUAAGAUAGUCAUAGUUGCGCAGAGAGAUUCGAACGCUCCGCUAUUUGGACAAUGCUGUUUUUACUUUAUCCACACAGAAUUUGAAUUGUCCUAUCGAUCUUUUUUUCAUGCAAUUGUGAUGGUGUAUCUGUGUCUCAUGGAGUUGUAUGUUUAUUGCAACUGCCAUCCGUGUGUAUAGCUGCUGCUACCGCACGAGAAUCAUUCGUUUUUUAUAUGAUCGAAAGUAAUAUACAAGAUGAAAAAGGAACACGAACAUAAUCUAAAUCUCACGACUAAGCGUAAGCGAAAUGUGUGUCUCUCGCAGAUGUCCGAACAGCCAAAGCAUCUUAAAAGUAAAACAUGGAUUUGAAAAAAUGAUCUCGUUUUAUUUUGCUUGCCACAUCGUGAUGGAUGUUCAUGUCGUGCGUGAC